AAUUGUAAUUACUGAAAUGGAUUUUAAAUUAAAAAAACGAGCACGACAGGAUGUAAAAGUGGAAGUGAUUAGCUUGGAGGAGAAGUACCCACAAAAUGUAAUGCUUUACCACUAUCCGCCAACAGAGGACAUUCAUAUCGAUGAGUUUGAGGAACUCGCUUUAGAGCGCCUGAAACUUUUGCGCAUCUUUGAAAUGGCCAACUCAAAGAGUCUGCGCGUGCUCUCAGACGACUGGAAGGAAUAUGUAAAUGCUGAACUAACGCGAGAAGGCUUGCGUGGAUAUUUGCGCAUGUGCACCCACAGCAGUAGCAACAACACCAAACUGGAGACAGAUUUGCAAAUGCGGCGUCGCGACUACUUGUCGCAUUUUAUUCUGCGCUUGGCCUACUGCAGAUCAGAUGAGUUGAUGCGCUGGCUUUUGACACGCGAAAUGGAAUUGUUCAAAUACAAGUUCUCUGCGCUAAGUGUGGCAGAAAUAAAGCAGUUUCUGGAGAAGAACAGCUUCCACAUACACCCGCUAACAGAGGCCCAGAAGGACGAGGUUAAAGAUGGGCUAUAUGAAAGCACGGCAGGACACAGUGUAGCUAAAAUUGAACUGCUCGAGUUCUACAAAGUGCCUUUUACAGAAGUCUUGGAUUUGGUGCGGGGACGCCGCUGUUAUCUAAAGGGCGGCUUUGCCUAUGUAAGCACCCACGAUUUGGUUUCAAUUGUCGGCACACGUCAUGCAGAUGAAAUAGAACGUGGUCUACAGGCAACUAAGACCUUUAUUAGCGAGGUCGAGGCUGACGAGCGCAUAUCACGCAUGCUGAAGUCCUUGCACAGCUCGUAUACUGGCAAGGACUACACAGUAUCUAGAGAUGCAUCAGUGCCUAUAGAGUCCUUGGAUCAACUAAGCAAGACCUCCAUGCCUCUUUGCAUGCGCAUGUGCCAUGAGCACAUACGGCACGAGCAUCAUAUUAAGCACGGCGGUCGCAUGCAGUACGGUCUCUUCCUGAAGGGCAUUGGUGUGACGCUGGAGGACUCACUGCGUUUCUGGCGUGCAGAGUUCACCAAGAAAAUCGAUGUGGAUAAAUAUACGCGCGCGUAUGAGUACAACAUAAUGCACAACUAUGGCAAGAAGGGCUCUAUGGUCAACUACUCGCCCUAUUCCUGCAUGAAAAUCAUUAAGGAUAUGGCUGGACCAGGCGAUUGUCAUGGCUGUCCCUAUAGAUCAUUCGAUGCACCCACGCUAAAGACAAAACUAGCUGGCUACGGCCUCUCGCAGGGUGCCAUCGAUGAAGUGUUGUUCUUUGUGACGCGCGGACACUUUCAGCUGGCCUGCAGUAAGUACUUUACGAUUACACACAACACCACAGCGGAGCCAACAAUUACACAUCCAAAUGGCUACUUUGAGGAGAGUCAAAUUGUAAUGGGCAGUCGACAAAAACACACGCCUGGUCCUGCCAAGCAGCAGAACAAGAACAACAGGUCGGCCAUUGUCGGAGGAGCCAACAGAUCUAUGAUCAAUGGUAAUGACGAUGAUGAACUAUGGCGCAUUGCUGAGACACAGGAGCGUGUGUAUCAAAGUCAAAAAGGUAUUGAAGAUGCCUUUGAUGAUGAUCUAGAUCUAACAGAAAUUGCGAGAGUUAAUGUUAAGUUAACAGUA